AUGCACGCUUACCAGGCCGUGUUCAACAUUUGGGACACGAGCCACCACGUCAAGUCACCAAAUGAGGUUGAUCUAGCCAAAGGUAGCCACUGUCUUCAAAGACUACGGUCUACUGCCGAUUCAGCCUGCCUAAACGGAACAGAGGGCCGCUCUCCUCUCUACGCGGCAGCAUUGUUGAUGGUGGGACAAGUGCUGCUCGUGUACCACAUGUUCACCACCUGCACUUCCGCCCAUGCCAUCAUUCAGCAUGUUCUCUUGCAAGCCGAGGAAGCCUACCCAGCCCUUUUGGCUCAACCAGCGCUGGAUCCGAUUACGAUUACGCCAGUCAUUAUCGAUACUGUCGAGUGCCUCGUACGGAGGGAGUGCCCCAUCAUCCACGUGAAGCAGGCCGACCGCUUUAUUGUCGACAGGAGUAUAGGGCUUUGCUGGACUCUACUCCCUCUGCUACAGCAGCUGUGCAUUACCAGCCACGAAAGCAAAAUGAAAACGAUGUGCACUGCCUUGGAGCCGCAAAGCAACGGAAGCGUCAACGACGCGUUCACCGAUAUCGAGCGAAAGAUUAAAGAUUGGGAGCCGCUCGCCCCGCCCAGCUUCUUUUCAGAUUUUACGCCACUUGAGGCGUCUGCUAUGCUUCUGCAAGCGCGGGUUUACCGUACAGCGGCGCUUCUAAUUAUUCACCGUCUUCGAAACCCCCUCGGUGUAAAUGAUGAGAAGGCGCGGUGGUACGCCGAUUUGAUUCAUGCGGAGCUAGCCAGCUUCAUUGCAGCUACGUCAAGUGCCCACUUGUCGGCGUUUUCAUCCAACCUGCAAUAUGGCGAGGAUCUGCAGCGAUUCAUCGACAACGCAUGGGCUGCGAGCGCUGACGGUUUCAAAGGAACGUGGUUUGACCUCGUUGACAAGAACUUCACUAUACCCGUAAUGAUCUGA